AUGAGGGAUGGUACUCAGCACCUCAGUGGCCGGCAGCACCUGCAGCAGCAACCUACACACAGUGCUCUAUUCGACUUCAUAUUUCUACCUAUGAAACAACUAGCAUGUUGGCAGUUGGUCGCGGGGUGCCUUUGGAUGGCAGCUUGUGCGUACGUAAACUGCAUUUCCCAGAUAUACGUCGAUAAAUUCCAAAACGAGCACUACCACGGCCGAGUCCCUGAGCUUCUACCGGACCUGGGAUUUUAUUUCCUCCCGCAUAUUGAGAUACCACACCUUGCCGACUUCUGGAAUAUCGCCAUUGUGGUGGGAACUAUGGUUCCGGUCUUAUUACUCCACCCGAAGCGACGGAAAGUGAUACUCCGUUUCCUGGCGAUCCAGGGCUCAGUAUUUCUGUUACGGAGUGCAACUAUUAUUGUAACAUUGCUCCCACCACCUUACCAACUAUGUGUUAACGUUUCGAGUCCGGACGAGAAUGUCCUGCUAGAGGCUGUCAAGAUUGUGCUGGGCAUCCGCUUCACGUGUGGGGACAUCCUUUUCUCGGGACACGCAGCUAACUUCACUCUGAUGGCCCUUAUAUGGACUGAGUACGGCUAUGGUUUCCUAGCAGUAGAUGCAACUGCCCGAGGGUAUACAGCUCUAGAGGGUGGUAACCAUGGCCAGAUAGGUGGGCGCCAUCGGGGAGGCUCCCUGUUGCAUUUUGUAUUCCGCCGGCUCCUGCCGGUACUCUGGUGGGCUGCUGCUAUCCUGGGGUAUUUUGUCAUCGUAGCGACGCGUUUUCACUACACUGUAGAUGUUUUAGUGGCCAUCAUUAUAGUGACCAAACAGUGGGGGCUGUACCACAUGUACAUUCGAACGCCCCGUAUCAUGAGGCGACUGGGCUUCCUACGGUGGUAUGAGCAGAAGCAGGACUUUGCUAUGGUGUCGGCAAAGAAGACGCCGAGAGUAUCGCCAGUGGGGGACCGAAGGAUGUCGAUUGAGAUGGGAGCAAUACCGGAGCAUCCUGAUCUUGAGGCCUUAGAAGCCGGGACCCAGGGGGUAACGGAGGACGACGAGGAUGACGCGAGGAACAAGGCGGCUACUACGGCUCCACAGCUCUAUGGAAGGACUCGAUCAACUCGGUUUGGCAGUGACUACACUGAUAUUGACGAUACCUUCGUGAUUGAGGAUUCCGCCUCGGAGGUCCUCGUAUGACGCUAGUAUGACGUUUCUCUGUUGUUGAAGUCAUAAUGGUCGCCUUUUGAUACCAUUCCUCGCGUAACAUUCAGUGAACGAUUACUCGGUACAGUUUAUU